AUGGCGACACUAAAAACGAGAGACGAUCUGCUCAUAUGCGUAGCAUGCGGCACACAAUUCGACAUCCCGGCAUCGAGUCCCCCCAAAGGCUGUAGAAUCUGCGACGACCCACGCCAAUUCAUCCCUCCCACCGGCCAAACAUGGACAAAUCUCUCCGCAAUGCGACACGGCAAAACCUACCACAACGUAAUCCAACCCGAAAAAUUCGACCCCCGAAUGACCUCCAUCUUCACCUCGCCCAAAUUCGCCAUCGGCCAACGCUGCAUUCUCCUCGAAACUCCCGGGGGGAAUGUUUUGUGGGACUGCAUCACCUACCUCGACCAGGAGACGGUGGAUUUCAUCACCUCCAAGGGCGGACUCCACGCGAUUGUGAUUUCCCAUCCGCAUUACUACACCACGCAUCUGGAUUGGGCGAAGACGUUUGAUUGUCCCGUGGUUGUGUCCGAGGAGGAUGUCGAGUGGGUGAAUCGGGGUGAUCCGGAUGGGAGGAGGAAAAUGAUUGGGACGGGGAGGAUUGAAGAAGAGAUUUUGGGGGGUGGGAGUGGAAGAAGGGAUGUUGUCAAGGCCAUUAAGGUGGGCGGACAUUUUCCGGGAUCGUUGUGUUUGCUUUGGGAGGAGAAGUUGAUGGUUGCUGAUACGUUGGUGACGACGCCGUCUGGGUUGUACCAUGUCGAUCGCCCGCCCGGAACGAACUCUUAUGUCUUCAUGUGGUCGAUCCCGAAUAUGAUCCCUCUUCCCCCGGAUGUCAUCCAUGAGAUGUGGAAGAGAUUGAAGCCGUACGACUUUACGAGCACGCACGGUGCAUUUGCUGGGAUUGAUGUGCGAGAUCAAAACGUCAAAGCACGUGUUCUCGAGAGCAUGAAAAUCCAGGUAUCAAGCGCAGGAUGGAAAGAUGUUGCGAUUUUGAAGGAGACUUUAUGA